GUCUGUGACUAUACAACAAGGAAAAUAAUUGAAAAGGGUGGUGGCACUUUCUUGUCGUUAUUUUAAUUUAUUUCUAAAGUUAUAAAUGUAAAUAACCUCGAGUUGUUCAUAAAAAUGAAGCUAGAACUAUUUAUAUUACUAUUUACUAUAUUAUAUAGGGUCGAGCUGGUAUCGUCAGAGUGUAAUAUACCAAUAGUUUUGAGAAAUUCAUGGUUUUCUUUUGAAAAUGGUCAACAAACAACGACUGAUAUCAAUGCUUACGAAAUGACUGGCAGGGGUUUAUGUGUGAAUAUCAAAGCUGAGUCUCAGUCAAACUAUACUAUAGUAUUUAAAUAUACAAAGUGCUACUAUUGUGUAAAGCUUGUUGUUCGUACUGUAAAUGUUCUGGAAAAGAUUGAAAGUCCCUGCGUAGAUUUAGAACCACAUGAAGAACCAACUGUGGAGCGUGUUUGCAAAAAUCUUAAUCCUGACCAGUAUUUCAUAACCUUGUUUGCUGAAAAUUUUGUUCCUGUUAAUUGUCGAUCUUCUUUAGAGGGAGUGUGGCAGUUUACAUAUCAAAACCGAUUUAGAUUCACAGGUGAAUGUAGCCACCCGGAAGCACAGAUAAAGUCUUGCCAGACAGCUGGAACCCAGUUCUUGAUAACAAAUCAAAAGUUUAAUAUCACCUAUAGAAAGUGCCCUGGAAUGUCAGGCACAUUUGAAGGAGUUGUUGAAUACAGUUGUUUGGGGCAUUGGUUUGUUAAUAAGAAUCAGUUCUUUGCUGUUGCCAACACUAAGGAGUCCCGUAAAGAUGAAAGAUACCGCUGCUUCUUGAGAAACAGAGAUGAUGAUUUGUUUAUUGGAGCAUCUAUUACACCCGAAUGUAGCAGUUUGAAAACAGUCGAGAAAUCUCCUGAAAGAUACAAGAUUACACCUGUUAAGGCUGAAGUAGUAGAACCUGGGUGUCGAUUGCCACAAAACUUCUCAGGCGAUUGGAUAAAUACGGCAAACAUUGACGCUGAUGUAUUUAUAAACGAAACGCACAUUAUUGAAACGUAUUAUCCCGAUGAAGGACGGUACAGACGAACUAUUUAUGUUUGCAGGGAACAACGUGAUAGUAGAGUGAUGAUGGCCCGUUUGACAGUUGACGGUUGUCAAAAGGAUUAUGUAUGCUUCGACUUUGUCCCGCAACAUCACAACGUUAUAAGAUAUCGUAAAGGAUUAGCCAUGACACAGAACAACUUCCACACCGUGUGCUCCUGGGUACAAUUCCAGAACAAACGAAAUUGGCGUUAUGAUAUCUUCCUGAAGAAAGACCCAACACCGAUAAGAUGUCCCGUUGCAGGGAAAUUUAAUUUCACCCAAAAAGGAGAUGUGAAGUUUGAAACUAGGAUACUCGGUGGUGUUACAUUAAGUCCCAGACCUAAUUUGUACUGUAAAAUCAAUAUAAGCGAUUUCUCUGUGUGCGAUGUCGAUCAGAAAACUGUGCAAAUAAAGGAAAAUUAUUGCCUUUCGGUGGAUCAUUUGGGUAGACCAGUCGAUAUAUACAGUGAUCCCGAUUAUAAGAUGAAGUGCAUUGGCUAUUGGAAGGAGAAUUUGAAGUCAUAUCUGAUAACGUAUGAUGAACUUGAUCCGUUUUCAAAGUAUAGAUGCUGGGUGUACCAAAGAGCUGAUCUUAACAGAGUACUUAUGUCUCAAGCACUCGGAGCUUACUGUGAUUUGAAACAGGAUGUGACGUCAUGGAACUAUACAGAGGGCGCUGCAGUAGCCGUUGAAAUGGAGGAAUAUGAAAGAGAGAGGGAUCAGUGCCCAAUGCAUUUUGAUGAUGGAAGCGAUCCCUGGUCGACAAAAGAGAGUUUUAUUAAAAUAUUCUCUUUCUCGUAUUCAUUUUGGAGAAGAAAUGCGGCUGCAACAUUACAUGCAGCUAACGUAAUUUUCAUUUUAAGUUUAAGUACAAUACUCAAGUGUCUUCUUACCUAAAGUUAAGCGUAAGUCACAAAUUUGUAUUACACUGCUUAGUAGUCGAUUUAAGUAUAAGUUAGAAAUAUCUAAAUGAUGAUAUAUGUGUAUAUUAAGUGUCAAUUACUAUAGUUUGCAAAGAUUUGUGUAAUUUUAAUAUGAAUCUCAUUCCUUCAGUGCCUUACAUUAUGUUAAAACUAGGUAAUAAUUUAGAUUAAUUCUCUCUGAUUGCAUUCCUAAUUCUGUUAUGAUAUGCUGACUGGUUUUAAGAAAGGCAAAGAAAAAUAUUGUGCGAUUGGGUUUUAGUAUAUAUUAUUUUGUACCUCUUUGUAACGUAAUCCGUCCAGUUACUUUUGUACCAUUUUUAUACAAUAAAGUUAUUAUUUUAGUAUUAACACAUGA